CGCUCGCACUGUCAUUAGGCACCAUGCAGAUCGUUUGACAAAACAGAGAUGGAAAUCUGAGCUGAAUACGAGGGAGUUCAUCAGAUAUUUCCAAGGCAAUGAUCUCUGACCCCCCAGCAGUGACUACCACUGAAGCAGUGACCUCUAAACCCACUGCCGCACCCACACUGUCAGCCACAGCAGAAACCAGCAGCAGUGGCCGAACCCAAAGCCUUCCUGAAACCAGCACCAUCCCAACACUGGACCUCCGAAACCCGCUUCCUCCUCCCCUAACACCUCCCCCACCUCCUCCUCCUGCGCCAGACAUCCCCGACCUUCCACUGCCAUCACCCCCGGUCUUCCCCCUUCCUCUGCCUUCAUCCAAACCUUCUUCAUCAUCCAGUCCUCCUUCUCCUCCAUCGCCGCCUCCCGCUGACAGCCCCCAGCGUCCUACCACGCUCAACCUAAAGACGCUUCCACGUCCCAGCGUCAGGGAGAACGGCUGCCCCCCGCCUGGGCUGGAUGAGGAUGAGGAUGAGAGGAAAAUGCUGGAGGAGGAUUUGAAGAAAUGCAUUGAGGACUUUAAAAAGAUUCGCAUGCCCAAAGUUUUUCCAGAUCGCAAGAGGCACUGGCAAAGGGACUUGCUAAAGAAGUACAAUGCAUAGAGAGCUUUGUUGUGGCAUCUUAAGGAGCAAACCUGACAAGGACUUUAAAACAAUGGCGAGGACAUGCUGCUAGCGGCAUACUCUGGCUUUAUAUUUACAUCGCUUUGAUUCUAACUUUGUGAAGAGUGUCAGCAAAAAACCUCUAAUGUAGCUUUUGCAUGUCAACAGAAGUGAACUGCUAAAGUAUAGUUCUCCAGCUGAGCUUGUCUAGCAGACAUGCACUACAUUUGAUGUGUUUACCCAGCAUAGAAAACAUUCACGUCCAGAUUGUGAGUCAUACUUAUGUUUUUCCCU